AUGGCCGGAAUUGUGCGGAAGCUGUUUAACAGCGCUAAAAAAUCGAGAAAAGGCGAAAAAUGGGAAGAUUUCUGUGAUGAUGAUGGCGAUUAUUCGGAGCUUCACUUCGGUCCCACCACCUCCACACGCACCUCCUCAAAACCGUAUCAAUUCGCUGCUACCGUACCCUCCUCGACGACAACGCCCCGCCCCGACGACACAAUCAGUGAUAACGAUGAUCAGCAAUCAGCGAGACGUCCAACACUGAAGAGACGCAGAGUACAAGACUCGCACGUGGAUUUAUUCGAGAAUACCGAGGAUUCGAUCUACGAAUACACGCAAUUUCAACUGAUGAAAUGGGGAAGACAGGCGGAACAACACGAGGAGCGACGUAAGAGAAGACGUGGCGAGCGGGAGCUGGAACAGGAGAAUCUCAUGUAUUCUGGAGUUGAAAAAAUGGGUUUCGACGAGACGGAUGUUCGAAAAUUGCGAAAGGAGAGAGAUCAGUGGAAGAGAGACGCAGAGAAAUACAAGAAGAGGUGUGAGGAGUUGGAGAAGCAGUUGGCAGAGAUGAAGAAGAAUCAGCAGGCGUUCCAGCCCUUCUCAACUCCCUACAACUUCUUCGGCGCCCCAAACAACCAAUUGCCAUUCUUCCCACAAGCUCCACCCCCUCCGUUCCUGCUCCAACCCCAGACAUCAGCAGCUCCAUCGUUCCCACCUGUAUUCAACUUCGAUUUGAAUCCCACGCCUUCAUUGUCUCUGAAUCCCCGUGAUAUGGAUCCCUCAAUGGAUCCAUCAAUGGGUCCAAUCGGCCCCAUGGCUCCUCGCUACCCGGACCCCAUUGACGAUUCGCUGCUGUUCCAGGACGAUGACACGUCGCUCUCAGACCUCUCAAACAGCUCAAACAGCUCGAAAAGUGAUAUUUCUGGCGUCGAAGAGGAGAAGAAAUGA